AUGGACGGUUAUGUUGUUUUAUUUUGUGCUAUCAUUAUCACAGUAGCUCUUUCAUUCUUAUUUGGUAUGGGUGCAUAUAAUUAUUAUUUCAACAACAACUGCAACAAUGGCAACAAUGACAACAUCUACUACAGCAAUGGCAACUUCUACAAAAAUGACAAUGGCAAUCAUCACCCAAACCUAUCACAACAAUUUCCACAAUACUCUGAUUCAAAUUCAAUACAGAUGGAAUUGCAAAAAAUGUUAUUAAAACAACAAAAAGAACAACAACUAACGGAAAAACAAAAAGCAAUUGCAGAAUUGAUACGUCUAAGAGAGUUAAAAUUACAAAGAUAA